AUGGCAAGUUUAUUCCUGAGAACUCUGAGCUUUGGUCCCAGGUAUUGGAUAGCCUCGCCUCUUCUGCAAAGGCCAGCUGCACGUUGCUUAGCAACAUGGUAUCCAAAGAGACAGGGAAAGUUGACAACACAGCCAUGGACAAAGAGGUUAUCAGCCUCGGAUAGCUCAAAUGAUUUGGGCUCUGGUUGCAUUGCAACCCCUGCACCACUUCUUCAAUUCGUCAACACAAUGAAGAAGAAGUCGGCCAUCAAACGAAGAUGUAAAGAUUGCAAAAUAGUGAUCAAGGACAAGAGAGCGUACGUCAUAUGCAAGACUUCACCCAGACACAACCAAGUCCAGGGAUAG